GGCAUGUGGUCGAACAGGCAAGCAAAGCGUACUCAUUCUGAAAGUGAAAGUAAAAUGAACCAGGGCAACAAGACUGGGUGUCUCUGUGUCGAGUAGGCAGUCCGACCAGUGUUCCACUAACAAGAGACGUCGCCUUGAAGAGGAGCGUGUCUGGUAAAUGAACAUGGCCUCAAUUGGUAUCCUCCUUAUUCUCACUGUCUACAUCUAUGUCAGCACAGGAAAUGCAGAAGCAGCUUUUAUAAAUGUGGAAUGCAAGGAUGAAAAGGUGGGACAGUACGGCCAGCAGACACUGCUGGAGUGUGUCGUCAAAACCCUACAAAACGAUGUAGAAAUCCGGGUGGUCACUUGGAAGAAGAAAGACCAAAAAGACCAAAGACCCUUACUGCUUUUUAACAGAGGACUACCUGAGCCUAAGCCAGGCUAUUCGUUUGCUGAGCCGUCCUGGAAUGUCAGAAACAUGAACGUCUCGCUGCUCAUCACCAACACUGCAGUAGAGCACCAGGGAGAUUAUACAUGCAUGGUGAUAACAGACAGCGGUGAUGGCUCGAGCAGCAUCAGCCUUAAAGUCACAGCCAAAUACAACAAACCAACCCUACGCUCCAACCCUGAGAAGAUAACUCCAAAUGCAGACGUUACCCUGACGUGUGAAUCCAAAGGUGGCUACCCAAAAGGCGAACUUCGCUGGUUUGAUGAGCACAACAAAACAAAGAACUCUCAAACGGAGGCGAAGCAGACAGAAAAUGGUCUGUUUAACCUCUCAAGCAAUCUGACUUUGGAGCAUGGAUCCAUGGGCUCCAAAUACACCUGCAGAGUGUUCAAUGCCAGUGGAGGCAAAGAGGAUGAAGAGGUUGUAGUACUGCCCUCACUACAACGUGGAGUAUUGGACGGCCGGAAAGAGGUGGAUUCAGCCACCAAAAUAGCCGCUCCUGCGUUUGUCAUCGGAUCGCUGAUCGUAGGGUUGCUGAUCGUGAUGCUGUGGUAUUAUAGAAGGCGAUCUCAACUGGCCCGGAGGCUCUCCACUGCACCCCUUAUGGGAAACCAUCGCGGGGUCCCAACAUAUGAGCCAGAUGUUGAGGAAGGUGAUCUUCAGGAGAAAGGAGACAACCAUGCCUGAGGAGACACUGCAGGUCACAUGCUGAAUUACUGGCAACCUCUGAAAUCAAUACUUCCUUGUUGCACUAUAUCAUUGUACUUUUCCCAAUUGCAAACAACUGUCUAUAACCAGGGAUAACUUGUAUUACUGUGAUUUUUCAGAGGAACUUUAAGUGCUUUGUUCACUAAAGCUUAUUAACUGAACACUUUUUAAUCAAGUCAAAAUCUAAAGAAAGAUCUCGACUGAUUUAUGAAUCAGUGACGGAUAACUAGAAGGCCGGGGGUCGUGUUCAGGCCCCGUGAACUUAAAACUCUGACAACCACACCAGGAGCAAUGUGUGACACCACCGAAAACCAACUUGAUAGGGAAUUUAGGACGUUAGUGAAUGUCUGAUAUGUUUUGGUGGUUUGAGGAACAAUUCUGUUUCAUUUCGCCCACGCAGUAACUGUACAGUAGCCUUUGGCAGCUUGGCUUCUCACUUCCUCUUGUCAUAUUAAAUCAACAUUACCAGGAACACGCUGAAUCGUGCUAUUAGGAUAGGAAGUUAUGUAUGUAUCUGUGUUUGCGUUUGUGUGUGCAUGUGUGAUUUUACAGAAUAUUGUUUUGUGUCGAUUUAUUAUUAA